AUAAGGUAUUUGUGGUUUUGAGUGUCACUACAUAAGUUAUAGUGUAUUUUGGACCAAUUCUAAGUCUUGUUGAUAUUCUGGUCUCCAGAUAUGACUUUAGUCCCUCCUACAAUGUAAAUCUAAGGGAUUUUUUGGCUGUUUUAUUAUUUGUCAGGGAACAUGAUUUGGUGUAUAUCCAGCAUACAACCUACCGAGACUCGUCACCAUAUUAUCACAAAGUAUAACUGUUUGAAAAAAAAAUUAAUGAAAAAUGAAAAAGAACCUUAACGUUAGGCCCUACCUAAUAAAUUUCUUAAACAGCUGACCUGGGUUACAUCUGAGAAAUUAUAUGUAAACAGUGUGUUGAUAAGUAAAGCUGAUGCUUUAAAUGGAUACAUAUAUCAAUAAGGAAAUAUUAUGUACCUCUUUAUAAUAUAUUACAAUAAACAUGAUCAACAGAUAUGAUAAAGUAUUUUUAAUUUUAGCAAACAUGUUUCAAGCAUUAUUUGAUAGUAGCCAAACAGAAACUAGAUCUAUGAGAUUAUGCAAACUGAAAAAAAAAAAAAAAAACCUUUUGUGAGAACUCUCUGUGGGUGUGUAUGUCAGCAUGUGAUGAAAUAAGUUAUAAAUGAAGGUAGUGAUCUAUGAGGAGGUUGUCUUAACACAGCAUUAGCGCGUCUGUAUCAUGCAGAACCACAGCGGUUCCAGUUUAAACUCCACCAGCUGGACGACCGUUGACCUGGUCAGCAGUGGUCUGAUGAGUCUCUGCUUCAUGAUUGGAGUUCCUGGUAAUAUUGCUGUAAUUCUUUUCAUUGUUCAACAUUUCAAAAAGGAAAAUUUCACCGUUCAACUGAUGCUGAAUCUGGCAGCUUCAGACAUCUUGUGUUUGAUAACCCUGCCUGUGUGGAUCUACAAUGUCCUAAACAGCAUUGACCAAUCAACCUGCAAGCUUUUCACAGCACUCGUCUACUGCAGCAUGUACUCAAGUGUGAUAACAGUAACUAUGCUGAGUGUCUAUCGUUGUUUACGAAUUCGGCAUCUACAGCUGUGGUCCAGAAUGAGCAGAAGAAGAGAGAGAGCGCUGCUGUUCUGUGGCUGGGCUCUGUCACUGCUUUUCUCUUGUCCUGGUGUACUUACACAAGAGAUCAUUGAAAGUGAAUCCAAAAUGGAGUGUGAAAGAAACCUGAAUACAAAUGCCAAGCUUAUUGUUGCUGUAAUGGAGUCGCUGCUUGGAUUUCUUCUUCCAUUCACAAUCAUGUUGACUUCAUAUUAUUACUUACACAAAAUGGCCACACAGGGAGCGUUCAGACAGAGCUAUAGACCAACCAAACUGGUGACCCGGAUUGUCAUACUUUUCUUCAUUUUUUGGGCUCCGCACCAAAUAAUAAAAUUAGAAGAAAUUUGUGCAAUUUUUUUAAAAGCAGAGCCAGUUCUAUCUCCUUUCGGGGACAUUGCUGGAAGUCUUCCAUUCAUCAACAGUUGUGUGAAUCCAUUCCUCUAUGCUUUUUCCUCAAAGAGUUUAGAUCAACACAAAAAGUCAGUGGAGUCCAAGAGAACUAAAGGCUCACAACACUCACAGAGGGAUCAUUCAAGAGCCGUGAACAGCUCACUGACCCCUAGUAAAACCUGACACCUGAAUAUGGACUAAAGAAUCAUGUUGUAUCAACAUAUUGCAUUUUAAAAUUUUAAAUUUGGACCAUGAUAUAAGCACCUUUUAAAAAUGCAUUUCAAUAAAUUAAGCAUAAAUGUGCAUAAAUGAAAGCAUUGUUUAAACAACACAAUCAUAUUGGUUAAAGGUGAUAUUGUUCAGAUGCAUUAAACAUCCUUUUUUUAUCAAUCAUUAUUUUACAUUUAAAAGUAUUAUAAAUUUGAGAUGCUGCUUUAACAAAUGUAAAAUGCACAUUGUUUUGUGACUUGAUGUAUCUGACGUAAUACUCAAUUAUUAUUAAGCCCUUGUGUGAACUGUGUGUUUGAGGAAUGGCAAAGCUAUAUUGGCGUUUAGUGUUGAAGCCUAUCUACAGUACAAUCUAAUGAUAGUAGCUCACUCAUCUGUUAGCCAUUUGUGCAAUAAUGUUUGAAAAAGUACCUAGAAAAACACUAUUUCAAAGGCAGCUGAGCUACUGUCACAAGUUUAGAAAUAUCAGCUGAGCACUGAGUUGUAGUUCCUGUUUCUAUUCAGAUCAUAUCAUUUAUUUCUCACAAGACAGUGAUUAAGACUGAUAUGGUUUGAGAUUAAUAAAGGAAGUCAGGUUCUUUGAAAUGGUUUUGUUAACUUGGAAAUCCUAGUUCUCUGAAAUUCCCUCCGUUUCCUUUUGCCAGAGCUCUCUGAAAUCUAAAUAGACAUUAGCCAGAGAGAAUGGGAAAUGGUUUAUAAAAUAAUCCAUAUAAAGACCAUCUCCUGAGGAUAGAAAAACACACAAGAAGGGUUUGGGACUGCAGCAAGACUCCGACUGGGUGGCAUGACUUAAAUUGCAUAGCUGUGCGUUUAUAAUACAAGUGGUUUUCACAGCAAAUGCAAAAUUGAUUUUUAGUUAAAAUAAAAGUGGAGGCAUAAGAUUCGCUUUUAUUAAUGAAGAUUCAUUGCUUAAAAGUUACAGAAGUCAUUCACAAAGUAGUGGGGAAAAAACAUAUACAAUACUGCUGACAAUUCACUGUAAAAUAAAACUUACUAUGUUCAAAAGUGAA